UCAUUGCCGGAUAAUGAAAGAAGGUUUUGAGUUUAACGUGUAUAUAGUUGUUACCCUUCUGACCAUAUAUUCAGAUUGUAGCAAUAGCUUGGAGGACUUUCAAAAGCUUUGCUCAUGUGUUGCAAUAUGGGAUCAAAUCUCAUGGAAUGCAGUAAUCGCUGGUUUUUCUAAUAUUGGAAGUUGUGAGGAAGCUUUGAAAUGUUUCUCUGACAUGAGGCAGGCCCGGGUUGCUAUGAACUUCUUCACAUUUGCUAGCAUUUUAAGAGCAGUAGGAACUCUUUCAGACCUUGAAGCGGGAAAGAAAAUCCAUGCUCUCGUUUUCAAGAGUGGGCAAGCUUCAAAUUUUUGUGUUCAGAAUGGGCUUGUUUCCAUGUAUGCAAGAUGCGGUGCCAUCCAUGAUUCGAAGUGGGUGUUUACUUUGAUGAACGAACAUGAUGUGGUCUCCUGGAAUUCGUUAUUAGCAGGUUAUGCUCAUCAUGGAUUUGGAUUGGAGACUGUUGAAUUGUUUGAACAAAUGAGAAGAGCAGGGUUCAAACCAGAUAAUACCACCUUCCUCAUUGUACUAACUGCUUGUAGCCAUGUUGGUUUAGUGCACCAAGGACUUAUGUAUUUCGAUUUGAUGAGAAAUGAUGAUUUGCUUGAACCCCCCAGAAUGGAACAUUAUGCUACAGUUGUUGAUCUUUUUGGUCGAGCUGGAAAUCUUCAUGAAGCACAAGCCUUCGUUGAUAGCAUGCCAAUAGAGCCAGGACCCUCCGUAUACAAAGCUCUACUUAGUGCUUGCAAAGUUCAUGGAAAUAAGGAAAUCGCUCUUCGUUCAGCAAAAAAGCUUCAAGAGCUGUGCCCAAAUGACCCUGCAACUUACAUACUACUAUCGAAUGUGUUGGUGACAGGAGGCUGCUGGGAUGAUGCAGCAGGAGUGAGGAAGCUCAUGUAUGAUAGAGGAAUUAGAAAAACUCCUGGUCAUAGUUGGAUUUAAGUCAACAAAGAGGACAAUGGCAAAAACAGUCAACAAAAAGGAUAUUUUUAUGUUUUCAGCUUUUG